GCGCGGGCCGGGCGCGGCGAGGCCGAGCCGGCCGCGCCGCUCUGGUGCCGGCUCCCGUGCGUAGGCCUAAUCGAUGCCUUUUUUCUGAGUGAGUCGGCGGCUCCCCCACCCACCUCGUCCGCGCUCUCCUCCUCCUCUUCCUCUCUGGUCUCCUCCCUCCUCCGGGCCUGGUUGCAAAUGGCUUCGUUCCCCGAGACCGACUUCCAGAUCUGCCUGCUCUGCAAGGAGAUGUGCGGCUCGCCGGCGCCGCUCUCCUCCAACUCGUCGGCGUCGUCGUCAUCCUCGCAGACGUCCACGUCGUCGGGGGGCGGCGGCGGGGGCCCCGGGGCCGCGGCGCGCCGCCUGCACGUCCUGCCCUGUCUGCACGCCUUCUGCCGCCCGUGCCUCGAGGCGCACCGGCUGCCGGCGGCGGGCGGCGGCGGCGGCGCGCCGGGAGAGCCGCUCAAGCUGCGCUGCCCCGUGUGCGACCAGAAGGUCGUUCUGGCCGAGGCGGCGGGCAUGGACGCGCUGCCCUCGUCCGCCUUCCUGCUCAGCAACCUGCUCGACGCCGUGGUGGCCACGGCCGACGAGCCGCCGCCGAAGAACGGGCGGGCCGGCGCCGCGGCGGGCGCGGGCGGCCACGGCAGCAACCACCGGCAUCACGCACACCACGCGCACCCGCGCGCGGCCGCCUCGGCGCCGCCGCCGCCGCUCCCGCCCGCGCCGCCGCCGCCCGCGCCGCCCCGCUCGGCGCCUGGCGGCCCCGCAGGCUCCCCGUCGGCGCUGCUGCUGCGCCGGCCCCAUGGCUGCAGCUCCUGCGAUGAGGGCAACGCGGCCUCGUCGCGUUGCCUCGACUGCCAGGAGCACCUGUGCGACAACUGCGUCCGCGCGCACCAGCGCGUGCGCCUCACCAAGGACCACUACAUCGAGCGCGGCCCGCCCGGCCCCGCCGCCGCCGCCGCCGCCGCUGCGGCGGCGCAACAGCUCGGGCUCGGGCCGCCCUUCCCAGGCGCUCCCUUCUCCCUCCUCUCCGUCUUCCCCGAGCGCCUCGGCUUCUGCCAGCACCACGACGACGAGGUGCUGCACCUAUACUGUGACACGUGCUCCGUGCCCAUCUGCCGCGAGUGCACCGUGGGCCGGCACGGCGGCCACAGUUUCGUCUACCUCCAGGAGGCGCUGCAGGACUCGCGGGCCCUCACCAUCCAGCUGCUGGCCGACGCCCAGCAAGGCCGCCAAGCCAUCCAGCUGAGCAUCGAGCAGGCCCAGACGGUGGCAGAGCAGGUGGAGAUGAAGGCAAAAGUGGUGCAGUCGGAGGUCAAAGCUGUGACCGCGAGACACAAGAAGGCCCUGGAGGAGCGGGAGUGUGAGCUGCUCUGGAAGGUAGAGAAGAUCCGCCAGGUGAAGGCCAAGUCACUGUACCUGCAGGUGGAGAAGCUGCGGCAGAACCUGAACAAGCUGGAGAGCACCAUCAGCGCCGUCCAGCAGGUCCUGGAGGAGGGCCGGGCGCUGGACAUCCUGCUGGCCCGGGACCGCAUGCUGGCCCAGGUGCAGGAGCUCAAGACCGUGCGUAGUCUCCUGCAGCCCCAGGAGGACGACCGGGUCAUGUUCACGCCCCCCGACCAGGCCCUGUAUCUCGCCAUCAAGUCCUUCGGCUUCGUCAGCAGCGGGGCCUUCGCACCGCUCACCAAGGCUACGGGCGACGGCCUCAAGCGGGCCCUGCAGGGGAAGGUGGCCUCCUUCACCGUCAUCGGCUACGACCACGACGGGGAGCCCCGGCUGUCAGGGGGUGACCUCAUGUCGGCCGUGGUCCUGGGCCCCGACGGCAACCUGUUCGGCGCGGAGGUGAGCGACCAGCAGAACGGGACAUACGUGGUGAGCUACCGGCCACAGCUGGAGGGGGAGCACUUGGUAUCGGUCACGCUGUGCAACCAGCACAUCGAGAACAGCCCCUUCAAGGUGGUGGUCAAGUCCGGCCGCAGCUACGUGGGCAUCGGGCUCCCCGGCCUGAGCUUCGGCAGCGAGGGCGACAGUGACGGCAAGCUCUGCCGCCCGUGGGGCGUGAGUGUGGACAAAGAGGGCUACAUCGUGGUGGCCGACCGCAGCAACAACCGCAUCCAGGUGUUCAAGCCGUGCGGCGCCUUCCACCACAAGUUCGGCACGCUGGGCUCCCGGCCGGGGCAGUUCGACCGGCCUGCCGGGGUGGCCUGCGAUGCCUCCCGCAGGAUCGUGGUGGCCGACAAGGACAAUCAUCGCAUCCAGGUCUUCACCUUCGAGGGCCAGUUCCUCCUCAAGUUCGGGGAGAAGGGCACCAAAAACGGGCAGUUCAACUACCCCUGGGAUGUGGCGGUGAAUUCCGAGGGCAAGAUCUUGGUCUCAGACACGCGGAACCACCGCAUCCAGCUGUUCGGGCCCGACGGGGUCUUCCUGAAUAAGUACGGCUUCGAGGGGGCUCUCUGGAAGCACUUUGACUCCCCGCGGGGCGUGGCUUUCAACCACGAGGGCCACUUGGUGGUCACCGACUUCAACAACCACCGGCUCCUGGUCAUCCACCCCGACUGCCAGUCGGCCCGCUUCCUGGGCUCCGAGGGCACGGGCAACGGGCAGUUCCUGCGGCCGCAGGGCGUGGCCGUGGACCAGGAGGGGCGCAUCAUCGUGGCCGACUCCAGGAACCACCGGGUGCAGAUGUUUGAGUCCAACGGCAGCUUCCUGUGCAAGUUCGGCGCCCAGGGCAGCGGCUUCGGGCAGAUGGACCGGCCCUCCGGCAUCGCGGUCACGCCGGACGGGAUGAUCGUCGUGGUGGACUUCGGCAACAAUCGAAUCCUUAUCUUCUAAUCACGUUUCCUGGGCUUCCGUGUUUGGGGUGCGCGUGUAUCCAUCUCUUCUCUCCUGUCUCUUCUCCCCCCUUUUGAAUUUCAAAGAGGAAACUGUCUCAGGGAAAAAAAUUUUUUUUUGUUUUUUGCUUUUGUUUGAAAGACAACAAGAAAAGUACAACAUUGCUUACGUCCUACCUCAUCUUUAUUUUUUUACAGAUGAAUGUACUUAUCUUUUCUGCAGGGAUUGAGCCUGUGAAGUGAUAUCUCUAUCUACCUCAGAACCCUUUUACAUUUCCUUCUCCGACAGGCCCUCUGCCUCCUCCCACCCUCGCUCAGUGGGGGCUUCCCUCCCCCUCCGUGGGGUGUGACACGCACAAGCCUAGCAUCUCUGUGGCUGGGGGGGCGGGCACUGGAUGUGUGCGGUGGGUUGCAUUCUGUAGAUUGAGCCAAGGAAACAUGAGAAAACUACUAAGUAAAAAGAAAAAAGAAAAAAAAAACUAUAAAACAUGGAAAAAUAGGAUUUAAGAU